AUGGUGUAUGCAUCAAAAGCUUGGACUAAUCAAUGGUCUCGGAAGAACGAAUCUAUGGACUGUAGAAUGUCGGAAGGCAUGGCCGCUAGAGACCAUGGUAGCAUAGAGAAACCGCGGGAGGGGAUUUGCGUCAAUGGAGAGCAUUACAUAAUUCACGGAUUGGAGGAGUAUAAGGCCUCUGCAACUAGAAAGGGAUAUCCUCUCGAAAUACAAUUACCUCUCGCAGAGGCUUUCUCGAAGUUUUCACCCCUAACUGAGGUCACUGGAUGCGGCUCUCCUGACCUCGCUCCCGCCGUCUUCCUCAACGUGUCAAGUCAGACGGCGAGGCUUGGAGCGUUGGCUGUAUAUCACUUGGACAAUGACGAAGUGGUUGCGGAUGGAGAUCAGUCAGAAGUUCGGGAUGAUGAUAGCGAAGAAUCUGAUGAUGGGUCUAAGAUUGCAAAGCCCUCUCUGAAGGUGCAAUCGCCCAUCAUCAGCCGUCUUCAGGGAGGCUCGUCAUCCAAAUCAUCCAACACAUCUACCCCUUCUGCUCUGUCCAAUAGCUCCUCUCGUUCCGCUUUGACAAGUGCAUCUUCUACUACCUCUAUUAGUCCGGCGGCUUCUUCCAUUUUCUCACGAUCAAAAGGAGCGGGUGCAAACUUUUCAACUGAUACUGCUGACAUGACAUACCCUUUAUUCGUCACCUGGAACACCCUCUCCAGCACCGGUCAUAAGUCACUUCGCGGCUGCAUAGGUACAUUUGAGCCACAUGAGCUAGCCGCUGGUUUAAAAACAUAUGCGCUCACAUCUGCUUUCGGGGACACACGAUUCCCGCCUAUCCCAUCAUCCCUACUCCCCUCCCUCUCUUGCUCCUUAACGCUCCUCUCCUCUUUCGAAACCUGCUCCCACCCCCUUGACUGGGUGCUAGGCACCCACGGUCUUCGCAUAUCUUUUAUCUACCGCGGAAGACGGCUCGGUGCUACCUACCUUCCCGAUGUGGCAGUCGAACAAGGGUGGACAAAGGAAGAGACCGUUGAAAGCUUGAUGAGAAAAGCAGGUUGGGAGGGCUAUAGCAGCAACAGUGGUGGAGGCAGGGUGGCGCGCAGAUUUCUUCGAGGAAGCAUGAAUUCAUCUGCCAGUGCAAACAAUGCGAGGGGGAAACCGUGGGAGGACGACGUUUCUGAUUUCAAAACGGUUAGGUAUCAAGGGCUGAAAGCGAGUGCCGAUUUUGCGGAAUGGCAGGAGUGGAGGAAAUGGGUGGAGUUGUCUGACAAUCGUCGGGAGCUUUUAGAGUCUGGGACGUGA